GCUUUCAUAGACGUAGCUUCGAUCCCAGGUCAGUUCGAAUGAAUUGUUCUUUGUGAUCGAACUUUGUAUUAAUAAUUAAAAUUCUCAACUAAUGUAAUUGUAGUCUUACUUAGCCCAGUCUGCCUUCGACAUAGGCCAGCUGUCGUAUUUUAUUUUGCCUCGAGUUACUACGGCAACCGUCCACACAAACUUAGCAACCUUUUGUCUACUUUAGAAAAGACAAUGUUCGUCAUUAUUUGUAAUUGUGUAGUGGUAGUGAAAUGUCGAUUUUCAAAGUAAAACAAUGGUGGUCUAACGACAAAUCUGAAGGCGUAGAAUUUAAUGAAGGUUUAAAUAAUGGUACAUGUUUUAAAGUAGAUAAAUUCAACGUUCAUAGUGAUAGUGAUUGCCUUAUAGUCGGUGAGGCGAAUAUACUGAAAAUAUACAAACCUAAUAGAGAUCAUGACGCAUCCCAUUCGCUGAUGGAGAUUGAUCUAGGAGUUACAAUACUGCAAAUAGAAACGGGAAAGUUUAUAGUAGAUUCAACGGACCGAUAUAUCUUGGUGUUGCAUCCUCAAAGCUACGCAAUAUAUCAGUUAUACAGAAAGGAGGGUCAUAUAGUCGCUGGAGAACAGAACAUACUUCAGCCUGCCGUAAAACACUCUUUCACCAGAAAAGCGCAUAGCGUAACAUGUGGUCCAUUUGGUAAUAUAAAAACGAGGGAUUUUAUAUGCAUUCAAGCCUUAGAUGGAAGCUUAAGUUUCUUUGACCAGAAGACGUUUUUAUUUUUAUUCAUAUUCGACGAUGUAAUAAUACCAGGACCGAUCUGUUAUGUGGCUAAUAGUGAUUCUUUUGUGAUCUGCAAGUCGACGUGGGUAAUAGAAAUACACAGUUACCAACAGCUAAGAGAGUUCAGCGAACUAAAUGCUAGACAAAACAAGAAGAACAUACCUCAAUGGAUGUAUAAUGCUGGCGAGGAAAUAUCGUCAGUACAGGUUAUUCAGACAAGCAGUAAUAUGUCCAGCGUAAUAGCACUAGGGGAGAGGCAUCUGUGCUGUUUUCAGGAUAACGGUCUUAUGAAAUACACGAUAAAAUUCGAUUUUAUGCCUAUGUGUUUUUCCGCGUAUCUUAUAGGUUGGUAUUACGAGCCCACAGCACGACUUCUGGUCAUGGUAGCAUCAGAAGAUUCAAAGCUCUACAUUUACGAAGGUACCACAUUACUGUGGUCAUGUAAUUUGCUUCACCAGGCAAUCGCGAUAUCUCGAUGUUUUCUAAAAUACUUGCCUGGUGGUUUGGCAACUCUGUCUGCCAGUGGUGUGAUUUGUGUUAGCUACUUAGGCACUGAACCUGAUUUGAACGCAAAUACUCCAUCGAUGGUAAAUGAUAAUAUUGACCCUGAACAAGUGCAGACAGAACUGGAGAUGGUUGAGGAAACGCUACAGAAAGUGCUGGACGGAAAUGAAGAUGCAGACAGCCAGUAUCCUUCAGUCGAACAAAUAAUCAAGAUAAAGGCAGACGUAGGAAAACCAGUUCAGAACCUUUUUGAGCAAUUCGCAAAGGAUACUGACGAAGCGUUAUAUUUACUAAUGUGCCCAGUCGUCGUCAUACUUACUUGCGAAGAUCCGAACUCGAUACACAGUGUACAAAUCACUUACGAUUGCUGCCCACCGUUCACUUGCUCGGACACUAUCUUGUGCUUGGACACUGUCAAUGGCACAGAAAUAAUCGAAACUCAAGUAUUCGUAUCUACAGAAUCUGACAUAUCGAAUUCAAGAGUAAAAAUUUCAUUUACUGUAACGGAUUUGAAAGGAAAAAUAAAUGUAUUGACUAGGGAAGUUGUAUUGCCACUUAGUUUGUAUUGUUCGCCAGCGGAAGAGGUUUUUGAUAAUGAAUUUAAAUUACUGGUAGAAACAAAUCAAUCUGUUGUUGACAUCACCGAGAUAUUUACAGACUUCACUAAGGAAGAACUCUUAAAACAUGGAAGGUCACACGAUAUAACAUUCGUCUACCGAGCUACGAAAAAAACGGUGACUGUGAAAGCUAUAGACAAGCAGUACUCAAUUGAAGCCAAUGAUAUAACAGACAUUACCUCUGUGUUACUUAAUUUAAUAACAAGACUAAAUGAACAUAAUGCUCGAAAGAACCUAAACGAUUUUCGUUUUAAUGUGACAAUAGAUGUAGAAAUGGCUAAACAAAUAACGCAUAGGUUUUUGAAAAGUAUCGAAGGUCACGCGAAGGAGAGGAAUAAGCUGAAUAGUUUAGAGGAAGAAUUACGUGUGCUCCAGAGACAAUUCACAUUGAUCCAAAAGAAACUGUUAGUUCAAUACGGAGCUCUGCCGCCUGGUGACUGCGAUCCGCUCGAGUUCCUACUGAAGGACACACAACAACGCCUUAUCAAAUGCGUACACGAAAUUAUAAACUGCAGAAAUACUACGAGGAAAGCUGGGAACAGGUUAGCAGCGAUUGGACAGCUUUUAGUGUUUAUAUUCAGAAAAAAAAUAAAAGAUGAUUUUAAAGUGAAACUUAUAGAGGAAAUGCUUACUUUGGGAACUCUAUAUGAUGAUUAUCAGGACUGGGAAGAAGCAGUAACUCAGGCUUUAACUUAUAUUUUAAAUAACGUAUUCCAAAAAUCUGAGAAAGACAAAGAGAAACUAGCACCCGUCACCGAGCAGGGAAUAUUAUCACAUAUCAACUUGAAGAGAUUUUUGAAGCAAAUUCGUGUGCUACUUGAUAAAUUGUUUGUGGAAGCUAGAGGUGAGAAAGAUGUCGAAAACAGGGUAACAAGAAUUGAAGAGUUUGUUGAAGUGAUAUAAUCGUUAAGUGACGACACGGUGGAUAUUAAUAUUUAUUUAUUUCGUACAUACCAGCCAGUUUUACAGGAUCGUUCCAACACUAUAGUGUAGUACUUCUAUUUACUUAUUUAACAAAUUUUUUUUAUAUUGUAUUGCUGUUUAAUGUACUUUUACGUUACAUACACUGUAUCCCUGUAAAGCAACGGCCACGGAAAAGCAAACAAAGAAAUUCUCUUUAUUAUACAAUAAACAAUAGCAUAUUCAAAUAUUUCUCUCUUUCUUCGUUAUCUGUUUUAAUAAAAAAUAACUUAUUUUUAACCGACUUAAAAUAAAGAGGUUCUCAA